GAAAAUACAAGUCUACUGCUGUCUAUAAUAUGCUUGUAUAAUUUGUGUAUAUAAACAGUAUAGACACUUAAUCCCAAAGAUGGACAAAGAUUUGACUGUUUUGUAUUACAGGUUGGUCUGGGACAGUAUCCCUUACCUUCAGACUUUAGAGACACCCUCCCUCUAAUCAUAUUGGUCGAAGACACACACAAGAACCUCCCCCCUGAACAAGAGCCAAGAUCAUGCACAUGCAGACAACACAACAGAUGUUAAACUCCAAAGUACACGUCCAGCUUACAAACAUCUGCUUUACUCUCUCCUGGCAAUGUGGUGCAGUCGUGUGGCGCUGUGUCGGCUUCAACGGAUCACCGUUACUCCACUGAAUAUCACUAGAGGUCUAACAGGCAAUGUGCAGAGGGAAAUGUCUAACCUACCACGGGUGUAUGUCGCCCGCCAGAUCCCACCUGAGGGUCUGAAGAUCCUCCGUGAAUCUGGACAGGUGCAGUUUGAGCUUUGGGACUCAGACGAUGUCCCUGUGCCCAGGAAGGAGUUGCUUCAGAAGGUCAGAGGCGUUGACGGUCUGCUCUGUGUGCUGACCGAGAAGAUUGAUGCAGAACUUUUAGACGCUGCAGGUCCAAACCUGAAGGUCCUUAGUACUAUGUCAGUGGGUUUUGACCAUCUUUCUUUGGAGGAACUGAAGAAAAGAGGAAUCCGUGUUGGUUAUACCCCAGAUGUUCUGACAGAUGCUGUGGCAGAGCUGACAGUAGCUCUGCUGCUCACAACCUCCAGGAGGCUCAUAGAGGCCACACAUGAAGCCAAGACUGGUGGCUGGGGGACAUGGAGAACUUUGUGGCUCUGUGGAUAUGAGCUGGCCAACAGCACUGUGGGUAUUCUUGGCCUAGGAAGGAUCGGUGUGGCGAUCGCUGAGCGUCUGGCACCUUUCAAAGUAAAGAAGUUCAUCUACACAGACAUGGCCCCCAGGCCUGAGCUGGCCAGUGCCAUCAAUGCAGAGUAUGUAUCUUUGGAUGAGCUGGCAAUGCAGUCAGAUUUCCUAGCUGUAUGCUGUGCUUUAACACCGGAAACAAAGGAGAUCUGCAACAAGGACCUGUUCUCCAAAAUGAAAAAUACCUCCAUCUUUAUCAACACAAGCAGAGGUGGUGUAGUGAACCAAGAAGACCUAUAUGAGGCUCUAUCUACUGGUCAGAUUGCAGCAGCUGGACUGGAUGUCACUGUCCCUGAGCCCCUUCCAACCAGCCACCCACUCUUUACCCAGAAAAACUGUGUGAUUCUACCACAUAUUGCUAGUGCCUCCUACACCACCCGUAAUGCCAUGUCUGCCCUGGCAGCUAACAACCUCCUCCUUGGUCUGCGGGGUGAGCCAAUGAUCAAAGAGUUGAAGCUGUGAGAAGAAACCAGUGCCACUCGGAGAACUGGACCAUUAGUUCAACUUGCAUAAUUAUUUUGUAAAGGUAA